UUAUAAGUGGAACGUAGCCACAGGAUAAUGUCAUUUUAUCUGUCAUAUUGAUUUUAAGGUUAACUUUUGAAUUUUUUGUUUGAAUUUUUUUCCGAAGCUUGAGAAGUUAUGGCGAAUGGGCAUGAAAACAAUGGCCUAAUCCCAGCGGAUCACGAAUACAUUAAGGCAAGUAAAAUGGUUAAAAAUAUUGGAGAUAUGCAACGUUGGGAAAAAUCAGAAGCAUACAAGGAGUUUUUCGGGUUUAUCUGUACCGUCAAUAUUUCUAUCAAGGCCAAGAGUAAUUCAGCAGGCAGUAAAAAUGCUUCAGAAUCUGUUAAUAAAAUUUGUGAGCUGCUGGAAGUUCUUGAUAAAUGGAUAGAUGAAAUUCCUCCAAUAAACCAACCUCAACGGUUUGGUAAUCAAGCAUACAGAAAAUGGCAUUCAAGACUUGAAGGGGAAAUCUCACAACUAUUACAAAAUCUGUUACCGGAACCUUUACACAAAUCAAUAAUAGAAAUAAAAAUUUACUUGAUAGAAGGGUUUGGAAAUUCUACUAGAAUUGAUUAUGGAACAGGGCAUGAACUCUCUUUCCUCUUGUUUUUAUGUGCCCUCUUCAAAAUUGGUUAUUUACAAAUUAAUGAUCAAGUGGCUAUUGCUUGUAAAGUAUUUGUAAGGUAUUUGGAGUUAGUAAGAAAACUUCAAAUAACUUAUCAUAUGGAACCAGCUGGAAGUCGUGGUGUUUGGAGUUUAGAUGACUAUCAAUUUGUACCUUUUAUAUGGGGCAGCUCUCAAUUCAUGGAAACUGGUUGUUGGGAAACUACCUGUUUUCUAAAUCCAAAUAUAGUGGAUAAAUAUGCAAAUGAGUAUAUGUUUCUUAGUUGCAUUCAGUACAUCAAUAGUGUGAAGACUGGACCAUUUCCUGAACAUUCUAAUCAACUUUGGAGCAUCAGUGCUGUAUCUAGCUGGUCAAAAAUUAAUACUGGUCUUUUAAAAAUGUACAAGGAUGAAGUUUUGGCCAAAUUUCCACUAGUUCAACACAUAUACUUUGGUUCGAUAUUUACCUUGAAACCAUUCACAGUUCCAGUAGCUAGUCCUCUAAAGAGCAGCUUCUAUGCUUUGAACCAGCUACCUUCAAAAAUGAACUACUGCAAUAUCAAACCUAUGAUUUCUACUGCAGUGACAUCUUCACAAAACAGUGCUUAUGAAAAAGUGGAUUCUAGUGAUCCUGCAACUUGUCAAAAUAUCACUGAAAGUAAAGAUAAAGGGAGUUCUACUUUUAAAGUACCUUCAGUUGUAGCUGAAUCAAGUACAACUUCGAAAUUAUCUAGUGACUUCAUAAAUGAUAAAGGAGAUGAUAAAAAGGGCAAACUUUCAAACAUUUUAAAAGGGGUAUCAAGAAUGUUUUCUCCUUUGAUAGGGUAGGCUAUAGAUGGGAAUGUAGGUGAGCAUUUUGGAGUUUUUUAAGGCGAAACGAAAAGUUUUAACUUCCACAUAGAAUUCUAAUCUAUAAGACACUUUAAAUUCAUACCAGUUAAUCAAAAAAUGUAUAAUUGGUAUACACAUUUUAGUUAUAUAUAGGAUUUAAAAAACUACGUAAACAUAUCUACAUACAUACUUCAUAAAUAAUGGGGUUUCUAAUGAAGCAGUAUGACUAUAUCAUUAAUAAAGUUAAAAACUAUUUCUGAAAUAAAAAUGAUAACAAAAUAUUUGAGAAAAAGUUCUACUUGUAUAUAUUACAAUGAACUGUUGAUUAUAUAAAAUCCGAACUGAGAGCUGGGAAAACAUGUCUGGAUUGUGAAGAAAAUGAAUAUUAUAACAAAUACCUCCAUUACUUAUCACAUCCCAUAGAUACAAUGUGAUUAGCAAAAUAUACAACAUCUGCAUUGAGAGUUUUAGAAUAUUAGUUAAAACUUCAAAUUUAUAUUCUCGAAGACCUGAUUCAUAUGUGGUUCCAUGUACUAGGUAUUCAAAUUGUGAGUGUUGGUGUAAUAGUAAACAAUUUGUUCAGUAUGAGAUGAAAAUGUAUUUUUGACGCAUCUAGAAAGUUAUUAUCCUUUGACAAAAAUGGUACAUAAUUUUACGUAAUUCAAAAAUGUGAUAUUUUGUAAGUAUUGGCUUGGCAAGUAACAUUAGAUUUUUAAAAGCUGUAUUAAAAGUGAAAUAAACCGCAAAUUUUCAAAAA